GUUGAAAUAACAACAAGUGUUUUUGGCGGAUUUGUGUUUUGUGUUUUUCCAUGUGAUUUUCACAAGAAACUUACCAUGUCGACGGUACUUCGUGUGAAGCGCAAAUUGGAGGAUAAUCCUCAAGAUGCGUUGGUGUUAUUAUGCAAACGGAUGAAAACAAAUUCUGAAGAGAUAUCACCUUCGCUUUUUGUGUUUCUUGGCACUGUCGAUAAUCAGGAAACAACAAGUGUCAAGCAAGUUGUUCCAAAAUCUGAGUUGAAAUUGAAGUCAUCUCACAAUGUGAAUGAUAUUAUUGAGAAGAUAAGGAAAGACAGAAAAGAAGCUUCAACUGAAAACCGCUACGAGGUUGUAAACUGCAGUAGAGGGUUAAAAGACGAUAGUAACAAGGAAACUGAAGAUCUGUUUGAUUUGGUCGAUUUAGAAAGGAAGGAUGAAGUUCAGAUGGGCGUUCAAUAUGCAUACGAUUUGUACAAAGCUGCUAAACAGGACUUUGAUGUGUCCAUGUUAGAUAAUCUGGUCAGUAUAGAAAACUAUGAAACUAACUUGAUAUAUGGGUCAUAUCGAGAUAAUGGGCUGCAGCCGUCAGACAGCGAAGCAGACGAUGAUGAUGACUCCAACGAUGAGAAUAAUUGGAGGAACGAAUACCCUGAUACAGAACACAGCAGCAUUGAUGAAGAUGAUAUGAUCAAGGCCAUGGAGAAAUGUGACAUUGAAGAUGAUCUUUCAAGCGAUACCGGUGAAGACAAAAUAUACGACGAUCCACCAGAUAUAUUCAACCAAGAUGCAGAGCGUUACGGUACUGCAUACGCCAAGUACAAAGCUAGAGUGAUGUCAGAGGACGGAGAAACACAACCGAAGAAUUUGCUCCUCUGUUCCACCGUCAAAGAUUUAGACGAAGAGUCUGUAGAUGGGUACAAAGGUGACAGCGAUGAUGGCUUCUACUACGGUCAAGAUGAAGACACAGAGCAGUUCCGGGAGCAGUAUGGAGACGGAUCCUCAGAUGAGUACAGCCCAGAUUGAUUGAACACUUACCAAUAUUAUUGUUGCUAGUUUUAAGCGGAGAUUAUUGUACUGAUUUUAUAAGAAUAUACUGUUAUACAAAGAUGA